UGAUUAUGUCUAGCAAACCGUCGUCUGCCUCGAUUCCCGCGUGACGUCUUCCCAUCCACUCGUCAAUUGAGCGCACAAUGGCUUCACGAGUGGUGUUCUCACGGCGCUCCCUCGCGCCGCUGGCGACGCUGGCCCUCGGCGGCAUGGCGCUCGCUCCGGCCACUGUUUUCGCCGAAGGUCCCAUCAGCCUCAAGCGAAAGCCCAUCUACGACGACUUCGAGAUCAUCAAGCCAAAUCCCGCACCCGUGACACCACCACCCGCUGCCGCCCAGCCCGCCGAGCCUGUCGAUGAGGAGGAGCCCAAGGCCAGGUCGCCGACUCCUACGGACCGUCUGGCUGUCCAUAUUGGAAAGGCGCGUUUGGCAUUGUACGAGUACGCUGUGGCCGCCGAGAACAAGGUCAACGAGACCAUGGACUCGGCCUUCAACCUCGAGCAGUCCUUCACCAGCACCAUUGCCUCUCUGGCUCCCUCCCGUGAGAGCGGCGAGCAGCUCAUGCCCGGCACCAUCUACGUCCUUGUCGCCGCCAUGGCCGGCAGCAUCAUCACCCGUAACCGGAGCAUCGUCCUCCGCGCCUCGCUCCCUCUGGCCCUGGGCAUCGGCGCCGGCUGGGUAGUGCUCCCCGUCACCAUGCGCAACAUCUCGGACCUCACCUGGAAGUACGAGCAGAGGUUCCCCGUCGUUGCUCAGUCCCAUAUCCGGCUGCGUGAGAGCAUCCUGAAUGGCGUCAGCUUCGCCAAGACCCACAGCGAGGUGGGUGUGCGAUAUGUCGACGAGAAGGUGACGGACGCGAGGGAGGCUGUCGAGGGCUGGGUCCAGAAGGGCAAAUAAGAAUUUAUCCAUGGAAGCAAGCCAUUAAAAAGCGAGAUGAGAUGUACCACCACAUAGAGUUCCCGAACAAUCUUCAUUUGUAUCAACGAGCCUCUUGCUGAGAGUCGAUGGCUAGGGUGUGUUGUAUUUAUCUUAAAAAGGGCCUCUGCCAGGCCGCCGUCCGCCGUCGUGACUGAUAGACGUCUAUUGUCUUUGGAGCGAUAUAUAAACCAUCCUGAAUAGG